CGGGCAAUUCCCACGCCCUGUGGGAUCCAGCAAUCGGACUUGACCACAUCAGCCGGACAACGGCCAGCUUUAACAAGCUGAAAGGUUCAGAGUAUGACGUCUCCAACAAAGAAGAAGCCAUUACAAAAUGCAGUGUUUUCAAGGACGUGACGUCAACUCCGCAACCAACAUCCGGCACGCGCUGGUGGAGAUGCUGCUGGGGCACAAGCGACCUGCAUCGCUGCAGGCUGGCGGCGGCGGCGGCGGUGGCAGCGGCGGCGGCGGCGGCGGCAGCGGCGGCGGCGGCAGCGGCGGCGGCGGCAGCGGCAGCAGCGGGGGCGCGUGCGCGCAUCUUGGUAGCGGAGGGGGCGGGAAAGGCCACGUGGAGGAGGAGAGUGCAGCGCCGCCCAAGAAGCGGCGCAAGCGCGCAGGCUGAGGAGCCGGCUGGCGGUGUCUAGGUAGCGGUCCGCGGUAGCGGCAUGACAAGCAGUGCGGCUGUUGACAACUGUGCUGUUUCUGGCUGCGGUUGGCUUUGCUGUGGCAUCACGAUUGCUAGGCACCUGGUUUGGCUAUGUGCCUGUGGAAAGCGACCCCGGCUAUGUCCGGGCGAUGGGGUUGUUCGGCCUCAGACUGUGGAGGGGCUCAGCCCCUUUUCCCGUGACCGGGGAACACUUGUCAAGUGCAGCGUGCCGCGUGUCACACCUUUGCGAAAGCCCGCCCCUGCAUCGUUAUCUAAAGGUGUGACCCUGACUUCAGGACACGGUACGAAGUCCCCAUUAGAACAAUGCGUUUCAUCUCGGCCCUGAAGUGCGCACGCCAGCCCGCGCGCCCGCGCUGGCCACAGGUGGUGUGUCGUUUACGACAUACCCUUGCCAGCUGCUGUCGAAAGAAUUCUCAAUAAUCUGCAACAAUCAAUUUCCGCAAGCCUACUUCAGGUUGAUUCUCAUUGCGUCGCCACUGGAGGCUCGGACUAUGCCUAAACACGUGCCUGAACAUUCGGUCAGCCAUCAGGUUGCCUACCUGUUGGGCUUUUGGGUCACAACUCACAAGCCCCACCUAACUUUAACUCCCCCUCUCAACAAAGGAAUCCGGCACUUGGUGCUUUGCUGGAGGCGUUUGCGAUCUGCGAUGCCGAAUGGUGAUUCUGGCCCAGGCUCCGCGCCUCCCCUGUUCUGGGCAUGGGCCUGAGCGGGCCAAGACGUGAGCAGGCGUGACAGCGUGUGUCAAAGUUACGCUGGCUGUGUCCAUCCUUUGAUGGCAUGUUACGCCCUGCCACUGGCUCGCUGGCUACGCCGCCAGAGCUCUUAGGCCUCAUGUGAUUAUGCCGCAAUGGCACGACCUACCGGCGCGACCCCAGUUGUUGUCCCGUGGCCAAACCCGCACAGCCUGCAUCCAGGUUCUGACAUGAAACGUGAGGCCAGCUGAGGUAUGUAGUUGCGAGUAAGGCUGUUUCGCGAGGACCUCGGUUGGGAGCCUGUGGCUACGGCAGGCAGCGGCACAAUCACAGCCUGAUAGGGACGCAGACUGCGGCCUUGCCUCAUGCUUUCCAGUUCCGUCGUUGGA